AUGAGUCGCAUUUACAACAGACAUCUACCUCAGAUUGGCAACGAAAUGCAGAGACCACCCCUUGUCUACCUGUAUGGAUCAGAAAGGGCACUGGUUCCUACUCUGGGAUUUGCUUCAAGCAAUGUCAUCUCCAGACAGGACGCCCCUCAGAAGCCACCUUAUAGCUACAUUGCAUUGAUAGCCAUGGCUAUUAAAGACUCUCCGGAUCACAGGGUCACCCUAAAUGGGAUUUAUCAAUUUAUCAUGGAUCGUUUUCCUUUUUAUCAUGACAAUAAACAAGGUUGGCAAAACUCCAUAAGACACAACUUGUCUCUUAAUGACUGCUUCGUCAAAGUGCCAAGAGAAAAGGGCAGACCUGGAAAGGGCAGUUACUGGACUUUGGACUCAAAAUGUGUGGAUAUGUUUGAAAAUGGUAACUUCAGGCGCCGGAAAAGGAAGCCCAAACCUCUGUUGUCUCAGGAAAAUAAAGAUGCUAAAAGAUACAAAGCAGACGGUAAUAGAUAUGGGGUGGAGUGUGCAGAAUAUUUGGAAUCUGCUUAUAACUUUACUGCUACCAAUGGAGUAGAGAUGGUGCCUAUGAAACAUUGUAAGUCUGAAUCCCCAGAGGGAUAUGCAGACUUUGGCAUUGAGAAGGACUCUGUUGGAGAGAUGUCUUCUUCAGAAGAGGAAUCCAUUUCUGUCAAACCUGAACAAUGCCAUACAGAUGCAGAAGCACGUGAUGGGACCUCUGCCACUUGCAGACCUGGUCCAGAUUUACCAGGUUGCCCAGCUUCCCUUUUUUUGUCUGUCCCAAUGCCGGCUCAAAAAGACCCUUUGUCUCCCAGUAACGAAAUGAAGAGCAUGGAUAAGGAUUGUGAUCAGAGAGGAAAUGGGUACAAACAUCCCAAAACUUCAGAAGAUUUACAUUUGCCACAAGUAUCUCAAUCUAGCAUUAAAGUGGUGGAUCUAUCUAACUCCACAGGAGCUGAGCAAUCUUCUCCCCAAACUCCUAAAAGCUUUAGUAUAGACAGCAUCCUCUCUAACAGAAGAAACCAAGCAGUCAAAGAAAAUGGUCUCUCUGAGGCCACUGUAUACCCCGGAAUAUCGAAGGUGCCUAGGGAUAGCAUACCAUCAGCCUAUAGGUGCAGGUCUAUCUUCCCAAAUGCAAAUAUUGCUCCUGUCUUCAAUGCUUCCCUAAUGAUAGAUUCUCAGGUGCAGGGACGAUUUUACCAAAUUGGGGUUCCUAUUUUAUCAUACUUCCCUAUAGCUCUUACAGAUGCCACAUUUUCACAGUAA